AAAGUUUCCAACGAAAAGCUCAAAAUGAUGCUCUUUGCCAACUUUCUGUAUAAAAUAUUCUGCCCCAACCAAUGCAUUAUAUUACUUUCACUUCACUCCAAAAAAUAACCCUCUAAAAACUCUCAUGUUUCAUCAUUCUGUUGCACUUACAUUUAUCCCUCCAAUCACUUUGCCUUGCUUCAUUUUGCAGUUAAGCUUUUCUCUGCUUCUCCAUUGUGAAUUAGUGCAUAUCCAUCCUUUCAACAUGGGAUGGACAAAAUCUGCCAAAAGAAAACUCUCUUUUCCCAUAAUCACAGCCAUUAUCUGUACUUUAACCUUCAUUUUUCUGUUGUACACUGAGAGGAUUAGUACUAUUUCUUAUGGCUCUAUUUUGAGGUUUAAGCCUUGUCCCAAAAGAAAUUCUGCAGAUGAUAGAGAAUUGCAGAGCGAUCAACUAGACAAUCCAACAGACGAGAGUCUUGAUUUUGAUCCUGAUGAAUGCAGUGUCACACAUGGGAAAUGGGUUUUUAAUACUUCAAUUAAGCCAUUGUAUUCAGACAUGACUUGUCCUUUUAUUGAUAAACAAUAUUCUUGUAUUAAGAAUGGCCGAAACGAUUCAGAUUAUCGAUACUGGGAAUGGCAGCCUGAUGNUUUUUAA